GCCUGCUUUACGGUAAAAGCCAGUUACAAAAAGGUGCGGGUAUCUAGGGAGACAGAUAGGGGGAACUGUGCUUUGAGGAAGAUGUGACAGAGGAGACCUUCUCAGCAUGAGAGAGAGGAGAGAAGAAAGUGUGGUUGAAGACGUCCCCGGGAUGUAUGAUGGAAGGACUGGGAAAGGAGAGAUCCAUAUGCAGCUCUCGAUUCCUCCCAUGGCCCAAUCACCCCAAAACAGAGCCCUCAACCCUGCUGUGGAAACUGAAGGACUGCUUCUCCACCGAUGAGACAACCUCCCUUCCUCACACAGAUCAAGAAAACAACUACAUGGACACCAGAAGGACUAUUUUGGAACUGAAAGAUGUCCCUCCUCCUCCACAGCAUACUUCCUCUUCCCAAUCAUCCCAGCCCUUCCCUCUUGCCCCACUUCCUUUGCCUCCCCCCUGCUUGCAUCCCACUCAGAUUACACAAGACUCCCUCCAACAGCAGCCACCUCUACAACAACAAGAGGGGGCUAGCCCCAAAGUAAGCGCUCAAGUAUGCUCUCACUGUGACUAUUGCAGCACAGACGGCUAUGGGUUAUUAGGUGGUGUAGGUGUUGUUGGUAGCAGCAGCAGUAGUAGUAGCAGCGUUGCUGGUGUUGUCUCUCUCUACAUGGACCCGGGAUCUCUGGGAGCACCCAUAAGCAGCAGUAGUUUUAGCAGGUCUGGUCUUUGUUCUGUAACUUCAUCUGCUCAUCAUCAGUACAAACAGAACCUGAGCUGUGGAGGUGAGGGUAAAAUUCUGGAUCCUUUGUCGGGUCUUAGUUACAAACCUCAGCUGCUUUCCUCAGUCGCUACCUCUCAGCCUAUUUCAUCACAGCCCUACCUUACCUGCUGCUCAGGGCCUCUCUGCACCAACCCAUCUGUAUCGCUUCCAUACAGCGAACCCAGCCUGUUGCCUUCCUCUGCACCCCUGGCUUCCUCUCUGCCCUUUGCUUCUGCUCUGUCUGCUCCUUUGCAUGGUUCUUGCCUGGCCUCUUCUGGCUACUACCCUUGCGGUGUAGACUGUUGCCCAUCAGCCAGAAGAUCCCAGAGAAGCACACUCUGUGAUCGCCCAACAACCACCACCAUCACUACUACAACCACCUCAGCACACUUCUUUUCUAAUCCUGUUCACCUAAAUGUAGAACGCACGGUGUGUGUGAAGGGGGCUCACUACUGCCAGGACUGCCUGUUGAAGACUGCUCCUAUCCCCAUCCCCGUUUGUAAUGGGUGUGGCACCUCCUCUGAUGGUAUGAUGCUCAUGCCAUCGACCAACCUCGGCAAGACUGGCCAGAAGUAUGGAUCUCCAGAGACGUGUGGCACCGAGAACAUCCCUCCAGUGGGUGUCUUCUGGGACAUUGAAAACUGCAGCGUGCCCAGCGGUCGCUCUGCAGGAGCGGUGGUUGAGCGCAUCCGCAGCCGCUUUUUUCAGGGACACCGUGAGGCAGAGUUCAUUUGCGUCUGUGAUAUCAGCAAGGAGAGCAAGGCCGUCAUCCAGGAGCUCAACAACUGCCAGGUCACGGUGGCACAUAUCAACGCCACAGCCAAAAACGCUGCAGAUGACAAGCUUCGCCAGAGCCUGCGACGCUUUGCUGAGACUCACACUGCGCCUGCAACAGUUGUACUCGUGUCCUCUGAUGUGAACUUUGCAAGCGAGCUGAGCGACUUGCGCCAUCGCCAUGGUUUCCAGGUCAUCCUGGUCCAUGGGAACCAUACAUCUUCAGCCCUGCUUCAGCACGCCCACUGCCACGUGGCAUUUCAGGAGAUCACUGCUGAUCUGCCACCACGUAUUCUUGUCAAAGAACAGACAGGCCCGCUGUCUCUUCCUCCCCUCCCUCAGCCCAGUUACAACCUCCUCUAUGUGCACAACCUCCCUGUCAACUGUGACAAGAGCCUGCGGAACGCUGUGAAGCUAAGGCUCCGCCGCCUGUCAGACAACUGUGGUGGCAAGGUGCUGGGCAUGUCCCAGGGCACAGCAGUCCUCCGUUUUGGCAGCCCCGAGGCAGCUUCACGUGCUCGCAAGCGAAUGGAAAAUGAGGAUGUGUUUGGGCGCCAAAUCAGCCUCUCCUUCUCCCCACGGCCCAGAGAUGAAGGAAGUCCUGAGCCCGAGCUCCAGUCUAGGACCCAUCUCUUGCCUCAGCCCCAGAUUCUGCCCCAGACCUAUCAAAACCAGGACAUUAUCAUUGCCCCCACCCCCUCCAUUUCCUCCUUCUCCUUUCUGCCCCUGGAGAAACCAAGGUCACCCAGGAGACCAAGGCGAGCAACCCGCCCCUACAACAAUCCAGGCCCAGUGCCUGAACGGCCCUACAGCCCCAGGAGGGGGUGCAGUGGGCCUCCCGGUGGUGCUUCAGCCAAGCCCCAUCAGGAGCUGGGUAGUUUGGAGGGUAAGCCCAGAACGGGCUUCCACCUCUUGGAGAAGGGACGUGCUGCUUCCUCUUCCCCCCAGAGUAAUGGUGAGGCAGGACCCCUGGAGCGACUGCCAAAGCCUGGCCUUGCUGGAGAGUCCAUGUACAGGAGAAGAAGAGAAGGCUCCAAUCCUCGCAGUGUGACUGAAUCACCUGUAGAACAAGGGGACAGAGUUUCAGGGGACUUCCAGAUAAGCACACCCUCAGCCUUCAGCAAGUUGAACCUACACAGGAGCUUCAGUCCUCUUGUCUUAUCCCAGGGCUCCUGGUCAUCCAGGAGUGUGUCCCCCUGCCUGUCAAGCCGGUCAUCGCCCCUCCUGGCUCCCCCUCGUAGCCCAUGUCCUGAUCGUCCUUCUGAGCCUUUCUCAGAUGGGGCAGAGGUCCAGGUGGCCAACCUGGACUACAGAAUGUCCAGGAAGGACUUGCAGCAGACGCUUCAUGACACGUUUUCUCGAUACGGGCGGGUGAAAGCUGUGGAACUUAGCCCCCACACUGACUAUCAGUUGAAGGCCACAAUCCAGAUGUUGUCCCUUCAGCAGGCCAUAAGUGCGAUCAGUGGUCUGCACCGUUAUAAGAUCGGGGGAAAGCGCAUUCAGGUGUCUCUGAUCACAGGCAGCAGCAAAUCCCUUGCCAUGCUCAGCACCGAGAUCAUCAGCAUUCUUCAGGAUGCACCUGCCAACUGCCUUCCCCUCUUCAAGUUCACAGAGAUCUAUGAGAGAAAAUACUCCCGUAAGAUUGUGGUUGGCGACCUGUAUAAGCUCCCAGAAGUGGUGGCGUUGCGGGAACAGGGAGGCUCAAGGCUCGUGUGCCUUUUGCCCAGCAGUCAAAUCCGUCAGAGUCCACUCGGAUCUUCGCAGUCGCAGGAGGGCUCCUCCUCUGCCAGUGGAAGCCCUGUGGUGUUUGAGGAGCUGGAGUACCAUGACCCUGUCUGCAGACAGCACUACAAACAGCAGGACUUCAGUGAGGCUGACUUUGACCCUGACUCCUACAAAAUACCCUUUGUCGUGAUGCCUCUGAACACCUUGGCUUCUGAGAUCCACAGUCUGCUGCAGUCACAUGAGGGGACUCUUCCAUUACUCAGUUUCCCAGAUUGCUAUGCUGCCAAAUUCAGUCCCCUGCAGCUGGGUAAUGAUUCGUUGGAGGGUGGUGUACCCCUGGAGCAUCUCAUUACCUGUGUUCCCAGCAUCACAAUAGUCACAGCUCAGAAUGGAUUUAAAGUCAUCAAAUGGAUCCAUAACAAACCACCAGCACUUAACUCAGAACCAUGGAUUCAGCGCUGCAAGAGUCCAGUUGGCAACCCACAGCUCAUCCAAUUCAGCCGAGAGAUCAUUGACCUGUUGAAGACUCAGCCCUCUUGCGUCAUGCCCAUGAGCAAGUUCAUCCCCUCAUACCACCAUAACUUUGCCAAGCAGUGCCGCGUCUCUGACUAUGGAUACUCCAAGCUGCUGGAGCUUCUGGAGGCCGUGCCACAUGUCCUGCAGAUCUUGGGAAUGGGCACCAAACGUUUACUUACUUUGACCCAUCGGGCUCAAGUGAAGCGCUUCACACAAGACCUGCUCAAGCUGCUGAAAUUUCAAGCCAGCAAACAAGUGGCCAUAACGGACUUCAUGCAAGCCUACCAUUGGUGCUUCUCUAGAGACUGGAGGGUAGUGGACUAUGGCGUUUGUGACUUAAUGGACCUGCUAACAGAGAUCCCUGAUACCACCAUCACUAUUGCACAUCAGGACAUGGACACAGUCAUCUCUGUUCCCAAGAGAGAGCGAACAGUAGAGGAAAUUGAGCGCACAAAGCAGUUUGGAAAGGAGGUGGUAGAUCUCCUCCGUCACCAGCCUCACUGCAGAAUGCCCUUCAGCAAGUUCAUCCCCACCUAUCACCAUCACUUUGGUCGUCAGUGUAAGCUCAGCUACUACGGCUUCACCAAGCUCAUGGAGCUCUUUGAGGCGAUCCCUGACAUCCUGAUGGUGUUGGAGUGUGGUGAGGAGAAAGUGCUGACUCUCACAGAAGUCGAGCGCAUCAAGGCUCUGGCCGCUCAGUUGGUCAAACUGCUUCGUGCUCAGAAAAACUCUGGUCUUCCUGUCAGCCAGCUGCUCAUUGAGUACAGCAAGACCUUUGGUUACGGUCUGCGCCUGCAAGACUACGAUGCCGGUUCCCUGCCAGCUCUGCUUACCAAACUCUGCCAUGUUGUGAAGGUGGUGGAUGGCUCUGAAGGUCGGGAAGUACAACUGAUCAACAGGAAGUCUCUGCGCUCCCUGACCUCUCAGCUGUUGAGUCUGCUCAUGUCCCAAGAUGAACCGCAAGUCAUCAGAGGCGUCAAAGUUGAAGUGCUGAGCCAGCAAUAUUUUGCGGUAUAUGGAGCUGCGCUCAACCCAUGUGAAUAUGGGUUCCUCUCCCUCAGUGAGCUGCUGAAGAGCCUGCCGUACCUGGUUGAGUUGUAUUAUGAAGAAAGAGAUGACAGCACAGAUGCCAGUGGCCGUGGUGAGGAGUGGGUGAGGCUGACCAGGCUCUACCUGUUCGCCCGUAACGUACGUGGCCUACUCCACACCUACCAUUACAACCAGAUCUUCCUGACUGAGUUCCUGGGGGCUUACAGCAAAUUCACAGGCUGCAGCCUCGAACCCCGGUCUUAUGGAUACAUCAGCACUGAUGAGCUGCUUGGAGCCAUUCCACAGGUGGUGUGGAUCAAAGGGCACGGUCACAAGAGGAUUAUCGUUUUGAAAAAUGAUAUGAAAGCAAGGGCAAGCUCUUCAAUCCCUAACAGCCCCCAGCCAAGAGAGACCAUGGAGAGCCCAAGAGACAGCCCGGUUAGCAACUCAACAUCUGGAGCACAAAGUCCAGGUGUUGAUGUAGAGGUGGAGUCAGAGCUGCUCUGUCUGACGUCACCAGUAGACCUGCUGUGUGGUCCUGUUCCAUCCUGUCUCCCUUCACCUCAGCUCCACCCAGACCCUGUUCUCCUCCAGCAGACAGACCUGAUUCACUUUGAAGAAAGAUCUCCAACUACACAACCACCAGUGAGUGAUGAACCCGAUGAGGUGGCUGCUGCAGCUGUUGCUGAUGGCACCUCUGAUCCCUCCGAGCAGCCUGACAUCACAGAGGACUCCAAACCCUCACAGCCCCCUGACACCAAGACUAACUCGUCAAUGGACAGUCCCAGCAGAAGAGCCUCACGCAGCAGAAUUAAGCUUGCUGCAAACUUCUCAUUUCCAGCAGGCCUCUGAUCCUUUUCACUCUUUCACAAAAGUAAUCCUUUUCACCAACAGUGUAGCUCUAAUAACGAGUCAUCCUACCAAACCAAUCACUCUAAACAGAAGAAACCCACGAGCAGUGGUGGUAUCGUCCCGUCUACAUCCUUACAGGCUGUUACAUUCUUCUUCUUAAUGACUCAUCUGCCAUUCUCCAUCCUUUUGUGUGCUUACACAAUCCAUGUGUUCUCCUCAUGAUGUUCACCUACCUGUGAUUCUCCUCUUGCAGAUUUCCUGCAAUUCUUUAGUUUUCCAAAUUCAUCACGAUCGAAUGAAUCCUCAUCUUUGCAGCCUGCGUUUGAUUUCAUCUGGAGGAAAGUUAAAUAAUCUGUCCAUUAAUGUGCAUCCUCAGUUCAGAGCAGUGCUGGCUUCAUGUGAAUGCAGAGUCUGAGAGUGAGUUAGUCGUCACUGCGUACUGAGUGUGUUAACACUUGGAGGAAGGCAAGGGAUGAUGAAGUGUUCUAUGUUCGAUCAAAGAGAAGUGUUAGUUUCAUCUCAAAGUUAUAAACUGACAAACGGCAGUAGGUUUAUAGAGACACCCUGUUUAUGUUCCACACUUUGAAACCUUCAACACUUUUUUGCGUUGUCCCCAAAGACGGAGCAUUUCAUCCAACACAUUAAUUUUUGAACUCAGAUUCAGUGUUCUUUCGUUCAGAGUUUCCAAAGAGGUAGCUUCUCUUUUGAAAAGUAGACUUGACUUUAGUCUCUUUUACAACUGUGGCCUGAGGACAGUAUUUCAGUUCCUUUAAUGUUAUUCAGAGAAUCUAAUGGUCUGUGGAAGAGCUCGGCCUAAAUGUGUGGUUUACUUGGUGGUAACUCAGUGAAAAGAGACGUUUGUUUUAACUGUUCAGCUGGUGGUUUUUGUAAAUGUAAGUCCACAGUCUGGCCAGCCAUGAACUUUUCACAGAGUUUGAUUGGUGUUGCUAUGAGGACAGCUUUCAGGAAAUUUUAUUCUUGUUGUACUUUCACCUAAUUUAUAGCAGAGCUUUCAGCCUGUCUGCUCAGCCACUGAUUGUACCUGAAGGGAAAAGUGUCUUUGAGACUCCAGCAGACAUUUGUUCAGGCAGCAGGGAAUGUAAUAUUCUUUAUUGUUCAGCGUCAUCCAGCAGCCGGUGUGUCUUUCCUAUUUAUGUAUGUACGUUCUGUGUGUGUGUGGUUUAGACUAAAGUAGGUGGUGUGUAAUAUGAACGGUGUGCAUAACUGAGUUUAUGCAUAGUGUAAGCCCAGAAUGAGCAGACAGGAUCAGAUGAUGGUGAAACAUUCUUUAAGAUCACUCUUUUAUUUCCAUCAUAUUUUAGGGAUCUUCCAGUUGGCCUCAUCCUUGAAGUUGCAGCAUAAAAGCUCAAGGUUUGAUGAGUUAACCUUGUAGCUGAUGUUGUUGCUGCUGCUGUGUUUGAGGUGAUGUCCAAACUGCCUGAGUUGAAGAGUUUGAGAGGAGCAGAGAGCACUCCUGAGUUUUGAUUUUAAUGAAGAGGUUGUGAGUUUUAGGGGAAAGAGUUGGGAUGGGAGGCGGCAGGCUGUUUGUGAAGCACCUCUGAGGCUCUCAGAAGCCUCUUGAACAGACUGACGUACGCACAGAGGACCCUCUGAGGCUCUCUGGAAUCUGCCGGGCUUUUACAAUGGCUUGUAUUUGCUUCGGUGACAAAGGAAUAGCCAUCAUUCCUCCCGGUCUCUCACAUAUCACAGAGGAGUUUGACUUGCUGAUGUGUGCUGGUCUCUGCAUUUCCCCUCUGUCAUGAGUGUUUACAAGACUGCUGGCUGCUGGAAUGCCUCCCAACGAUGUCAGCUGUGAGUGAUAUUUAACACACACCCUGAAGUCGAAGGGUUGUUGUAUUGUGUUACGAGUAAAGGUUCAAAGAAUGGGCAAGAGCCCAUUUUAUCAGUUUGUCUAGUUUCAGUGUUUAUCUCGAACACCAGUGAUUCUUACUCCAGUUUAUUUGUCAGACUUGACUUUGACUUUGUGUGAAAAGCCUUCAAAGCUGAGAGAGUCCACCUGCUAACACACUAAAAUGUCUGAGAUGCCAAUCAAAGUGUUUUUAAUUAGGAUGUUGUCUUAAGGUCUCCCCUGCAGUAAACAAACCUUGUCUGGAAGCCUCUUAUUAAAGAAUGAGCAUUCAUUAUAACAGGGAUUGUGUAUUGGCGAUAAAAGGGAGCUGAAAAUGCUCCGGGGAAAUGUCAAAAUUUAACUUUGUUGGUAGAAAUAUAUUACUUUGUUGAGCAAACCCGAGCUCUCCUCCAGAGUACUGCAGUGUCAACUGACUCACAUGAAAACAUCAGACUGUUCUGUAAAGCUUUGUCUUUGUUUUGAUUACAUCAGUGAGAAGCUAUUUGUUCUGACAAAAUAUGCACUUUUGCAUAGUUUUGGUUCAUAGUAUACGUGUAUGAAAGAAGACGGGGGGAUGGAAACAUGUUUAGCGUCUGUCACUUUAACUAUAUCUGACCUUGUUUCAGUUUCAUUGUUCAAAAGCUUAUCUUUAUCAAACUCCAGCCUCAUAACCUCUUCUUCUUUUUCAUUUCCUCGGUCAACGGUUGUCUCACUGAUGCUUCUCCUCUGUGCUCCCCUCCCUGCUCUGUCGUACAGUUUUGAUGCUUCACUGAUGCAGAAGUUGCUGUAACAGUUUAAAGUUGUUGAAGGGACCAAAUGAUUUCCAAAAUAAAUUCACAUGCAUUA